AUGUGGGUAUGUAACGAUGAAUCUAUACAUUUAUUAUUUCCUAAAUGUGAAGAAGUUUUAGGUCAUAUAAAAAUAAGGCACGCACAUAGCUUAUAUAAUGAUAAAUGUAAUAAAUUUGGUGAUAAGUAUUCAGACAUUUUUAACUCCAAUAUUAAAGAUAUAUGCUGUCAAUCCUUGUAUUAUUUAAAUAAAGUAUAUAAUGAAAGAAUUGAUGAUUCAUUAGACAAAGCAGGUUUUAAAUACUUGUAUUAUUGGUUAUAUAAGUAUAAGCUAAAAUUGGGGGGAAAAAGCACAGAUAUUAAAAAAUUUUAUGAGGAAUUAAUGAAUAUAUUUAAACAAAAUAACAUGAAUAUAUCAUACAUAACGGAUUAUCAAAGUGUCACUGAAGAGGAAAUCGAAAAUCUCAAAAAUUUAUAUGAUAUGCAUAACAGCUUCAUUUUCAUAAAAGAAAAAUGUAAUCCUAAUGAAAAUGUGAGUUAUUGCACUAAAAUAUUAGAUAUUAUGAAUAAAUAUAAACCACAAAAUAUAAUGGAGCAUGAUGAAACUUGUACAGGAAAAGAAUUGCAUAAUUGUAAAAAUAACAUUGUAGAAGCCAUUAUAAUACCAAUUUUUAUAAUAUUAGUAAUA